AUGGUAACUGUCAUCUUACGGAAUAAGCUUCUCUAUCAUAAAAACACAAAAGCAAGAUAUCAAAUUCAUUCUUUAUUUGACAAUACGAGAUUUUCAACGCCAGCAUUACCGAAUCAUCCUGGUCGAGCAGCUUUAGUAUCGGGUCCUCCACGACAAUCCAUUAGUCAAAAAAUUUCAAAUAACAAUCGUUUAAUUACAUCUAGUACAACAACUGCUUCAUCACCAUCGCUUAGUACUAUUGAACAAACUUCACAUUAUCCAUCAUCAAAUAAUCGUUCUGAACAACCAUCAAAUAAUGGUAGUGGAGCAUCGACACCAUCGACAAGUCGUCGUACGUCGACAUCCGAUAGUAAUGAAAUAACACGAAGAGAUAGUAAUAAAUCCAGUUCAAAUCUAACAACACCUAAAAGUUUACGUGAAUGCCAUGAAAAACCAGUCGAUCUUAGUGAACAACCACCUCUUUCCGAAAAAGUUCAUAUUCAAAUUCUUUCACCAAUCAGUGAUCGAACAACUGCUCGUUUUUUUGUUGACGAUGACCUUGCAACUCUGAUUAUACCAAAUGGAAACUCGAAAACUGAACAUAUUGUAACUAAAACUGAAGCCAUAAAUAAUCAAUUGGGUGACAAUGGAAAUGAAUGA